UUGAUUCUUUUCGAGAUGGAGGCCAUUCCUGCUACAACAAACACUGCGGUACGUCCUCGUGGGGAACUCUCUCUUUCGCGUCUCCGCAGUGCGAAUUGUAACGGCACCAUAGCAUGUCGACGAUCCAAGUCAUUCAUAUCUGCAAGUUGCCUUUCAGCUGAAGGAUUGGGGCGCCUUGAUAAGUCUUCAUUUCAAGCGUGUCAGCUCUCAUAUUGUAAUUCGGCUGAUAAAACAAAUGGACACAGAAACCCACUUGGGCAAACAUUUUGCUCUGUAGGAGUGUGUACUUCAGGUGAAAAUGCUUUGGAAUCUCCUUCACAUGCCACAAAUGAGAAGGUUGGGGUGCUGCUUUUGAAUCUUGGAGGACCGGAGACACUUAAUGAUGUUCAACCAUUUUUGUUCAAUCUAUUUGCAGACCCUGAUAUUAUUAGACUUCCCAGAUUAUUCCGUUUUCUCCAACGGCCACUGGCUCAACUGAUUUCAGUUCUCAGAGCUCCAAAAAGUAAAGAAGGUUAUGCAGCCAUAGGAGGUGGAUCACCUUUGCGAAAAAUUACAGAUGAGCAAGCACAUGCACUGAAAAUGGCUCUGGAAGCAAAAAAAAUGCCUGCAAAUGUAUAUGUUGGAAUGCGAUACUGGAACCCUUUUACUGAGGAGGCAGUUCGUCAAAUUAAGGAGGACAGGAUUACAAAGCUUGUUGUAUUGCCACUUUAUCCUCAGUACUCCAUCUCCACGAGUGGAUCAAGCAUCCGUCUUCUCCAAAGUAUUUUCAGAGAGGACUCAUAUCUAUCAAGACUGCCAGUCUCUAUAAUAGAGUCAUGGUAUCAGCGUGAAGGUUAUAUCAAGUCAAUGGCUAGUUUGAUAGAGAAGGAAUUACAGAAGUUCUCCAAUCCUGGGGAGGUCAUGAUAUUCUUCAGUGCACAUGGUGUACCAGUUACCUAUAUUGAGGAUGCUGGAGAUCCAUACAAAGAUCAGAUGGAGGAAUGUAUUUCCUUGAUCAUGCAAGAACUGAAAGCAAGAGGAAUUAACAAUGAACACACUCUUGCUUACCAGAGCCGAGUUGGACCUAUACAGUGGUUGAAGCCCUACACUGAUGAAGCUCUUGUUGAGCUUGGCCAGAAAGGUGUGAAGAGUCUCGUAGCGGUCCCAGUAAGCUUUGUAAGUGAGCAUAUUGAGACUCUGGAAGAGAUUGAUAUGGAAUACAAGGAACUGGCUCUUGAAUCCGGCAUUGAGAACUGGGGUCGUGUUCCUGCCCUUGGUUGCACUUCUUCCUUCAUCUCUGAUCUUGCAGAUGCUGUGCUUGAAGCCCUACCUUCAGCAACUGCCAUGUCAACCAAAGAAAGCACAACUAAGGAAGCUGAAACUGAUCUAUUGAGAUAUGCAAUUAAUUUGUUCUUUGGUUCAAUUUUAGGUUUUGUUUUGCUUUUGUCACCAAAGCUGAUCUCAGCAUGCAGGAAUAACCUCCUUUGAGGAAGCAUGCACUUACAAACCUGGUUUUGUUCAUAUUAAAAUUUACAUAGAGCAACUGCAAAACAAUGGUGGGUAGCCAAAUAUAUGGUACCUGAGUUUUGGAUGAGUUUAGAGAAAUAAAAUUGCCUUCUUUGGUA